AUGGAGAAACGUGAGAGGAACUCUGGAAAGUCCCCUGUUUCGGCUAGCAAAAGGCCGAAGCUGUCGCUCAAGCACAAAAAAACAUCAUACUUUCUUCCACAAAAUACAUUAGCAUACAAUCCGCAGAGCUCCAUACUGGACAAGAAUAACAAAAUACAUGCCCCAAAGGAUAGGCUCCUUGAAGAACUGCGCAAAAAAGGACCAGAAUCCACGAACCCUAGCAUCAAGGACUCUAGUACUGAAAACGUGCUGGAGUCUUUCACUCCUGAACCAACAGAAACGGGCCAGAUAUCGAAAACCCACGUCCAAUCUACAAAAUUGUAUGACAGAUCUUUAGAACAGCACAGCUCAGACGACAGCUUUGAAGGCGUCAGGUGGCAACCAACAACCAGUCCAAAUAAAUAUGCCCGUCCGAUUCUUUCUUCGCCAUUGAAAAACGCAGAUCUCGGAGACAGAUCACUUAGAAACGUGUUGACAGCAGAAACCGUGGUGAAUGAACUAACAGACUCCGUACUUUGUAAGUACGGCUUGGGAAUGCAGAACACCUUAUCUCAAACUCCGAAAAAUCACCGAACAAGCCUGGAUGUAGCUAAAUCGACUCUAGAUAUGUCGCCUACACUUACACGAUCCAAAUCGUUUGAUCCGCGCAGUUUACAAACUACCUCCACAUCCUUAAGUUCUGAACUGGCCAAAGUCUCCAAUCUAAAUAUUUGGUUGGAUAAAUUUCAGGGCCCUGGCCACGUUACAAAAGCACCUCUGGAGCCUCCAAUGAAAGCUAUCCAAAAUCUGCACGUACCAUCCACUAAUUCUAAUGACGACGCGUCUCUGGAAGAAGACCCUUUCUUAGACGAUGACACAUUUCUUGCAGACUUGAAAAUUGAACUGUUCACAACUCAAGGAAUACCUUUUCAGCAAGCCCCCGCCAGCAAAUUGGAUACUCCAACAGAGUUGGCUCAUGAUGCAGAAAGCGCAUCAAUUUUGCAUCGGGAUAGUCCCAAAUCAUUAUCACAAAGACAAUCAGCUCUAAAAGCUUCAACACUGUCAGCAUCAUCGCCAACAGUCUCGACAACGGCAUCGCCAAAUGCAUCACCAAAUACAUCCUUAAAUGCAUCACCAAAGAAUAGCUCUCCUCAAAUCAUUCCAGAAGAGUCAGAUCCUUUUUCAGAUGAUCUCGAUGUUGUUGCCAUCGAAAAAAGUGCUGUGGCAACACAAGCGACCUCGGAACCUACUUUGCCAACUAAAAAUGGAAAAAGAAACACCGGCAGAUUGUCCCCUUCGCCUGAUUCUUUCGAGGAAGAAAAUGUCGGUGCUAAGUUAUCAUAUACCCGUGCUGAUUUUGUUCGAUACCAAAUCAUGUCGAUCAUGCAAACCACAUAUCCACAUCAAAACUUCAAAAGGAAACAGCUCAUAUUAACUGUGGCUGAUGCGGAUGAGCAGACGACGAAAAUUGUAAUUCGUGGGGACUCGGCAGAACUCAAUUUUCAAGAGGGUGAUAUCAUCAAUAUUAUCAUCACCAGCCCCGAGUCUCCUAAGCUAGUUGAUAAUAAUAACAAUCUCAUAAUCUGGAAUCCUGAUACUUUAAUAUCAUCUACUGUCGUUGCAGACCAAUUAUUUUGUCCCAGAAAGACAGUUAUGAACAAACGAUAUGUGUUUCCUGGCGAAGCAACUAUUCCGUUGAUUGUGGGAACAACAGUACAUGAGAUAUUUCAGGCAUGUUUUAUUACAGAACAAUCCUCCCCAGAGUACAUGGAACAGCUUUUGGAAGUGGAAACUAAACGACGUCUCUUGGAAAUCUAUUCCAUGGGAGAUGUGCUUGAGGAGACUAAGGAUCGGAUCCGGAAACAUUUCUCCUUUAUUGAAAAAUGGUUCAACACGUUUUUCAAGAAACCACCUUCCAUUAUUCCAACUAAUAAGCACCAGCAAAAUAUCAAGUUUUCGGUCGCUGAUGUACUUGAUGUGGAGGAAAGUAUAUGGUCGCCGAUGUUUGGAAUAAAAGGUAUGGCUGACGUUACUUUGAAAGCAAAUCUAGAAGGUGAAUCAGCAACAGGUCAGUUUUUACUUCCCAUGGAAAUCAAAACAAGUAAAGAGUAUUUGAGCCAUCAUGCUCAAGCGGCACUUUAUUCUCUAUUAUUUAAGGACAGGUACAACGCUAAUAUUUCAUCCUUUCUUAUGGUUUACACUUCUGAGGAAGGCUCAACCAAAAAACAUGAUAUAUCUAUUCCUGACCUCAGAUCGUUGGUAAACUUGAGAAAUCGAAUUUCACCUUACAUAAAAAGUGGUACUCGUGAGUUGCCUGAUAUUAUGAGGCAGCAAAAGUGUGAUAACUGUGUGAUUCAAAGCAGCUGUAUGACUGUCAACUAUCUACUUGAACAUGGAACACCUGAGAAUAGUGGUUUGAAUGAUGGCGUUUACGAAGACUUAACAGAACACUUAGUUCAAAGGCAGGAGUAUUCGGAUUAUCUCAAUUACUGGGAUGACCUUUUGACGAGCGAAGAAGAAUUUGUUUCCCGAUUCAAUAAAGAUUUAUGGAUUUUAACAUCUAAGGAAAGAGAGGAGGAACAAGGAAAGGCUCUUUCCGGAAUGAUAAUUACAGAAAAGUCUGAAUUUGUUGAUAACACAUCUGAAUUCAUUUACAAGUUUCAAAGGCGCGAUUUCAAAAAUAUUCGACCUAUUGAUGCCACCAUCAUAUCGAAAUAUGAUAGAGUGAUCAUCAGCGAUGAAUCAGGACAUUUUGCAUUAGCCCAGGGUUUUGUGAAGCAUAUCGAUUGUGGUUGUAUCAUCAUCCUGACAAGGAGAAAACUAGUUCUGACUGAAGUGAAGAACGAUCGUUUUCAUAGGGCAGCAGUUUUAAGACCCACUCAAUCCCAAUCUCCACAAGGGACGCAAACCGAGACGGUCAUUUUCAGAAUUGAUAAGGAUGAAAUGUUUUACGGUAUGGGAGUCGCCAGAUUUAAUAUUUUGAACCUUUUUCUUAGAGAUGGUGAUACUAAAAGAAGGAAGUUGAUUGUUGAUCUUGAUACUCCACGCUUUUCCCCCGUACCGGUGGCGAAUGUUAAGAAGGAUCAUUUUAACAGCGACCAAAUUAGAGCAUUUAACAAGGUGUUCCAAACUAAAGAUUAUUGUUUGAUUUUAGGUAUGCCUGGAACAGGUAAGACAACUGUUAUUGCACAUCUUAUUCGCAUGCUUGUGGAGGAAAAAAAGUCGGUACUUUUGUCCUCAUACACAAACUCUGCGGUAGAUAACAUUUUACUCAAGGUUAAAGAAUUUGGAAUCGAUUUCAUUCGGAUAGGUAAUACAUCCAGGGUUCACCCAGAUAUUCGUCCUUAUAUUCCUGGAUCAGACGAAAAAUGUGUCGAAAACUACGAAGAUUUUAUACGCAUUUACCAAAAACCGCUUGUUGUGGCAGCAACUUGCUUAAGUAUGAGAGAUUUGGCCUUCAAUGUUAGGGAGAGAUUUGAUUACUGCAUUGUUGAUGAAGCAUCUCAAGUUUCUAUGCCAUUGAGUUUGGGUCCUUUAUCAAGGUGCGAUAAAUUUGUUUUGGUAGGAGACCAUUAUCAACUUCCCCCUUUAGUUGUCCAUCCAAAUGUUAACGUUAAGAAGGGUCUUUCGCGGUCGUUGUUUCAAAUAUUAGCGGAUGAGCAUCCUCAAAGCAUAGUGGAAUUGUCAUUUCAGUACCGUAUGUGCAAAGAAAUAAUGCUCAUUUCGAAUGCCUUGGUGUACAAUAAUAGAUUGCAAUGUGGAUCUGAGACUGUUGCAAAACAGUCUCUCACAAUCCCAAAUCCAGAAGCCCUUGCCGCAUAUAUUGAUCCAAGAAGCCCUUUGCUGCAUAGAUGGCUCUCUGAUGUGUUCAAGCCAGAGAACAAGGUUUUGUUUCUAAACCAUGAUAAUAUGAACGCAUAUGAGCGUAAAGUUGGAGAAAACGUUUCUAACUUAGUUGAGGUUGAAUUGAUUAGGCAAAUUGUCGAGUCGUUGUGUCUUUGUGGAGUUGAUGAAUCUAAAAUUGGUGUAAUGACGCUUUACAGGUCCCAAUUAAAACUCCUUGUACAAUGCUUUAAACACAGACCACGUCUUGAGAUAUUGACAGCUGAUCGAUUUCAAGGUCGAGAUAAGGAAUGCAUCAUCAUCUCAUUUGUGAGAUCUAAUAAGGAAAAGAGAGUCGGUGAUCUACUCAAGGACUGGAGAAGGGUGAAUGUAGCGGUGACAAGAGCCCGUUCUAAAUUAAUUACGGUAGCAUCAAAGUCUACCCUUUCGCAUGCGGACUCCAUCAAGGACUUUGUGUACUUAGCGGAGCAGAAAAAUUGGAUCUACAAUUUACCAUCUUCAGCAUAUCAUGUCUAUCAAUUACCGAAACCCAAGGACAACUUCGCAUCGCAAGAGAUUAAAAAACAACCUAUAAAAUUUGGAGAAAAGAUUAUAAGCAAACACCCAGUGGUGAAAGAUAUUUUAUCGGAUAUGAAUGCCAUUAAUUAA